AUGGCUGGCACCCACUGCACCCCCAUUCCCCUUCCUCAGUUCAGCCUUCAAGCCCAAGAGAUCUGUUGCCAUCCCGAGGGCUGGGAACGAGGGGGUCGACCCCUCCACGGCGCCUCUGCAGGCCUGAUUCUUGCACUGGGUGGCGACCCAACAGAAGCUGUGCACGUGCACAGGGGUUCCUGCACGCGCGCUCACUCCUCAGGUUCCAGGUUCCAAAGCUGUGUCCUGGCAACAGGCCCCACAUUGUGCUCUAGGCCUUCGGCCACGACUUGUCAGCUGAAGGAGAGCGCUGCGAGCCUAGUUCGCUAUCCCCAGCAUCUGGGCUUACCAGACUGCUGUAUGGGCACCUCCUUGAACAGGCCAUGCCCCUCCCCCCAGCCCCGGGCUCUGCGGGAUCCGCACCUGCCAGGAGGGCUCGUCCGCCCCCACCGGGCUCCCUGUGGCCGCAGACAACUCUUGGCGCCCAGGGCUCGCCCAGCGGUCCACGCCCGGGGGUCCACUCACAGGCGGUCCUCCAAGUACCCAGCAAGUUGGCAACUGCGCUCAGUCCUAGCAGCUUGGAGAAGGUACUCCAUGAUCCUGGCGACCCCGCGCUUUCUUCUGGGGCUCCUCACCUCCUCCUGCAGGUGGGGCUGCCGGCUGAAGGUGAUGCUAUCGGCUGCUGGAUCGCAGGUGUCCUGCCGCCACCGCUGCGAGUCCAUCGUGGACACGGUCACCCCCUGUGUGCUGCAGAAGCAGGUCGUCACCGGGCUGCGGCCCUCAGCACCCAGGAAUGUCCACGAAGUCUCCAGAGGGGAGAGGAUGUGCAGAGACCCCAGAGAGAGCGGCAAAGGGAGGGCCCAGAUAGAGACUCACAGAAAAGACCCUAAAAGUGCUGGGGCCCCACAGGGGGCAUUUAGGCCCCUGGGGGUCCAUGGAGGGCUCUCUUCCUUUGUGCCCAGGCCUGGGCCUCUGCUGAGAGCUGUCCCCAGGAAAAAGAGCUCAAAAGACCCAUACAAUAAGAAGUCCCCCAGCUCCCAUAGGAGCUCCUGCCCCCCUCGAAAUGCCAUUACCAGUUCUUACAGUUCCACCAGGGGCUGCUACCCGGUGCAGAGGAGGAGGGGUCUGGCUACAAGUCAGGCCCCGCGGCCCCCGAGGUCCCCCAAAAAAGUCAGCCAAGAGAGCCCUUUGUGUCCUGCCAGAGUGCCUGCACUUUGCCAGAAGAACCACCAGCUGGAAAAGGAUGCCGAUAACACCACCAGGCAGAAGGCAGCGCAGAGGAACUGCUCAUCCCCAGCUGACUGUUCCAGGCCCCGAAAACGCAAGUUUCCACUGCUGCCACACAGGCGAGGGGAGCCACUGAGGCUGCCGUCACCCCCUGAGCUGGGGUUUCGAGUGACUGCUGAGGACCUGGAUCGGGAAAAGACAGCUGCUCUCCAGCGCAUCCAAGAUGCUCUUCGAGGGGACACAGAGGCCACCUGCAGCUGUGGCCCAACUUGCCCAUCCAGUGCCUUGGCCCUGCCUAGUGCAGUGGCUGCUACCCUGCCAGCCACUGACUCCCAGGUCACCUUUGUGGACUGCUCCCGUUCUUCCCAGCCUCUCUUCUUGGGGUCUCACCCUGGCUGCAGUGGGAGCAACUUUGCAUCUACCCAGGCCCUCUCAAUGCAGUCCAGGGACAACAAGGCCUCAGUCACAGUCCCCACAGGGCUGCCUGCGCUGCCUGGGAGGAGUGGCAACCCGGGAUCUACUGGCCAGGCCCCAUUCGGGGCUGUUGGUGGGCAGUGGCCCGGAGCCAGACCCUUUCACAUCUCUCCUCCACAUGGACAGACGGCAGCUCAGGCUCCAAACCCUCUCCAGUCCCUGAGUACAGCAGUAGUCCAGCUGUCCUUAGGUAGUGACACCCAGGCAGGUUAUGCGGUUCCCUUACCUGCAUCUGCCUCCCGGGGCACCCGUGCCAGUGCCCAGCCAGGUUCGGCUACCUCUCUUGCUGUACUCGCCCCUGGCGCAGCCACUGCCCCUGGCUUGACAGCUGUCACCCAGCUGCCUGGUGCCGUGUCCCAUGCUGGGCCCAUCAGCCAGCAGCCCCGACCCCCAGGAGGCAGCACAAUGCCGGCCCCCAUCAGCAUGGGGCUUUCCACAGCACCCCCAGGUUUGGGGAGAGGAGAUGAUGCAGAUCUGUGCUCCAGCUUUGGGGCUCUCAACAUCACAGCAGGAACGAGCAGGGCCCCAAGAGGCCCACAGGGCUCCAGGGCAAGCCUGGGCCCCAACACAGGGGGCCGCCCACACCAGAGCACCCUGUCGGGAACCGCUGGAGCCAGCACAACAAACCAGCCUGUGUCCGGAGCCCCGAGUGCCCCUAGCUUCAGUCACAUCCCCAGGCACCUGACCAAGAAGACCAAGAAGAGCUCCAGAUCAGAUGGCUGCAGCACUGCCAGCAAGGCCGCCUGCAGGGACGGGAGCAUCCUGGCCUCUCCUCCUAGUGGCCCCACCUCCCUGGUCAGCAAGGCCCAGAGCAGCCUUGCCAACAAGAACCCCUCAUCCCCUGCUCAGCGCUUGAUUAAGUGCAAAAGAGCUGCACCCUGCAACAAACCAUUUUCCUCCACAUCACAGCCCAUUGCCGCUGCCCCUGGAUUGGCAGCUGUCCCCCAGGUGACGGGCGCCGUGUUCCAUGCUGGGCCCAACAGCCAGCAGCCCGGCCCCCAAGCUGGCAGCACAAUGCCAGCCCCCAUCAGCAUUGGGCUUCCCACAGCACCCCCAGGUUUGGGGAGAGGAGAUGAUGUUGCAGAUCUGUGCUCCAGUUUUGGGGCUCUGAGCAUCGCAGCAGGAACGAGGAGGGCCCCAAGUGGCCCACAGGGCUCCAGGGCAAGCCUGGGCCCGAACACAGGGGGCCACCCACGCCAGAGCACCCUGUUGGGGACCGCUGGAGCCAGCACAACGAACCAGCCUGUGUCGGGAGCCCCGAGUGCUCCUAGCUUCAGUCACAUCCCCAGGCACCUGACCAAGAAGACCAAGAAGAGCUCCAGAUCAGAUGGCUGCAGCACUUCCAGCAAGGCCGCCUGCAGGGACGGGAGCAUCCUGGCCUCUCCUCCUAGUGGCCCCACCUCCCGGGUCAGCAAGGCCCAGAGCAGCCUUGCCACAAAGAACCCCUCAUCCCCUGCCCAGCACCGGAGAGGACGCAAAAGAUCUGCACCGUGCAAUAAGACAUUUUCCUCCACAUCACAGCCCACUUCCUUGGGGCCCAAAAGGCAGAGGCUCGGCUGA